AUGACUGACAGUAUCUUGUUGAUCGAAGACAAUCCUCUACUGUUGCCUCUUAAUAAAGAGAAGACAACUUACGAUGGGUUUAUUACUGUUCAGGAGAAGGACUUCAGAAUAAGAAUACUACUCCCACCAGAUCGUCAACUAAAACAUGCCAAGCUGCAGUGUUGUUGGCGCCUGAAACAGUUACUGCACGGAUAUCAGCAUAUAAUAAAACAGAGGUUACAGCAUUCAUCAGAUCUUGUCAGUUUUAUACUGGAGCUUAAAACUGUCUUGGAAGCUGCUGUGAAGAGCAGGCUGGAGCAUCGGGCGGUCCCUCCUCCUCAGUACUACUCUCAGCUGAUCGCAGAGAUGGAGACUCUGGGAUGGGAUAAGCUGGUUUUCAUAGACACAGACUUCCGCACUCUGAAGCUGCAGGCUGAAGACAGCUCCGGGCGGCAGCAUGUCAUUGCCGUUAAAUUAAAAUCCAAGUACCCAGCAGAAGCCCCAGAGUGUUCAGCUGACCUGCCGUUUCCUCUGCUCAUUGGAUGGACACCACAGAGCUCCCUGGCCACGAUUCACAGCCAGUUCCUGUCAGUGCUGGAGUCUCUGCAGGAGUUCUGGGACGUGUUGGACGAGAUCGAUGAGAGAACCUGGGUUCUGGAACCGGAGAAACCCACCAGAGGAGCUACCAUGCGGAGAAUCGCCAUCGGGAACAACGUCUCCAUAAAGCUGGAGAUCGACUGCAGACACCCCAAGAUGUUGCCUGAAUGUUGUCUGAUCGGGGCAGAUCAUGUUGUAACCCCCUUGAGGACUAAACUGAGUGCCAACAUGCAUUUAUGGAAUCCGGAGUGCAGUGUCUUGCAGAACUUGAAGGAUGUGUUGGAGAUUGAGUUUCCCUCUCCCACCACCCACGAAAAAUCUAGCCUGAGUAUGGAGUGUGGGAUAUGCUACUCCUACCACCUGGACUCGGCCAUACCUGAUCAGGUGUGCAACAACCCGCACUGCGGCCAGCCCUUCCACCAGGCCUGUCUGUACGAGUGGCUGAGGGGACUGCCGUCCAGCCGACACAGCUUCAGCUCCAUCUUUGGCGAGUGUCCCUACUGCAGCAAGCCUGUGACGGUGAGAACGGCCCUGCAGAACCCCUGA